CAGAGCGAGAGGGGGGCGGAGCCAGCGUCCGUAACGUGAGCGGGGAACGUGCCUCGUCCUUUCUCUUCUCCUCAGCAGCGGAGGUCGCAGUGAGAGUAAGCUAGGCGCCAUGCCCCGGCCAGGAAUGGAGGAACACUGGACGACUUCGGAAGAUUCGGGACAUGAACCAAAGGAGCCAGAACAGUUGAGGAAGCUGUUUAUCGGUGGCCUGAGUUUUGAAACUACAGAUGACAGCCUGAGGGAACACUUCGAACAAUGGGGAAAGCUCACAGACUGUGUAGUUAUGAGAGACCCGCAAACAAAGCGCUCCAGGGGCUUUGGCUUUGUCACCUACUCAUGCGUAGAAGAGGUUGAUGCUGCCAUGUCUGCUCGACCACACAAAGUGGAUGGUCGCGUUGUUGAGCCCAAAAGAGCAGUUUCCAGAGAGGAUUCCGUUAGACCCGGUGCACAUCUCACUGUAAAGAAAAUAUUUGUGGGUGGCAUUAAGGAAGACACAGAAGAGUACCAUUUGAGAGACUAUUUUGAAACUUACGGCAAGAUUGAAACCAUUGAAGUUAUGGAAGAUCGUCAGAGUGGAAAGAAAAGGGGGUUUGCUUUUGUCACUUUCGAUGACCAUGACACAGUUGAUAAGAUUGUCGUUCAGAAAUACCACACCAUUAAUGGACACAAUUGUGAAGUGAAAAAAGCACUUUCAAAGCAGGAGAUGCAAACAGCCAGCACCCAGAGAGGACGCGGAGGUGGUGGAAGCAACUUCAUGGGUAGAGGUGGAGGUGGAAAUUAUGGAAGCAGUGGAGGAAACUUUGGAGGAGGAAGAGGUGGUGGUGGGGGCGGCGGCGGCAGUGGUGGUUUUAGUAACAGAGGAGGGGGAGGAGGUGGAUAUGGUGGUGGCGGCAGAGGUGGCUACGGUGGUGGUGGAGAUGGAUACAAUGGCUUUGGUGGAGAUGGUGGAGGUAAUUAUGGUGGUGGCCCUGGUGGGUAUGGUGGCAGAGGUUACGGAGGAAGCCCAGGCUAUGGAAACCAGGGAGGCGGAUAUGGUGGUGGUGGUGGCGGCAGCAGUUCUGGAUAUGAUGGUUACAAUGAAGGCGGAAACUUUGGCGGUGGUGGUGGCGGCAACUACAAUGACUUUGGAAACUAUGGUGGCCAGCAGCAGUCCAGUUAUGGUCCCAUGAAGGGAGGUGGUGGAGGAGGAAGUUUCAGCGGAAGAAGCUCUGGAAGUGGAAGUGCCAGCGGCCCCUAUGGUGGUGGCUAUGGAUCUGGUGGUGGAGGAGGCAGCGGUGGUGGCAGCUACGGCAGCAGAAGGUUUUGAAUCUACAACAGAAAAAAAAAGGCUACAGUUCUUAGCAAGAGAGCGAGGAGUUGUCAGGAAAGCUGCAGGUUACUUUGAGACAGUCGUCCAUGUGCAUUAGAGGAACUGUAAAAUCUUCAGGAGCAGCGAUGAUCCAUAGUCAGAAAAGUUACCGCAGCUUAUACAGAGGAGGCAUUUCUUGUUCAGGACUGUAAUAGCCACAGUUUGCAAACAGUGCAGCUGAUGAUUAAUGCAAUGUAGUGUUGAUUAGAUGUACAUUCCUGAGGUCUUUUUAUCUGUUGUAGUUUUUCCUCCCAUAUCCCCAUUACGUCAGGUAUUGCCCUGUAAAUUGUGCUAGUGAAACCAGGAAUAAAGAAUUAAGGAAUUUUUAACUUUUAAACAA